GAGCGGAAGUAAGAGAAUAUGGACCGGUUUCUCUGAGACUGAUACAGCUUCACCUUCGCCUUCUUCUUCGUAUGCCUCAACGACGUUGAUCUCUUACGUCAUCAGAGUCUUCCCAUCAUUAUAUUUUCAGAGAGGAUAAGUGAGAUGGCUUCUCGAAGUCUGAAGAGCAUUUUGACUGCCGCGGUUAAUACUGGGGUGACUGAGGCCAGGGCAAGGAUAUUCGGGCAUGUGCUUAACCCGACAGGGCUGAAGUCUGCGCAUAAGAUCUUAAGGAAGAAGCUGAUUGGGGAGAAAGUUGCCCAGUGGUACCCGCAUGACAUCAGGAAAGACGACCCCCUUGUCAUGGAAGCCGAGGAAAAAGAGCGCUUAAACAAGCUUGAAAUGUUGAAGCGUCGAGGAAAAGGGCCACCCAAGAAGGGUCAAGGAAAGCGUUCCAAGCGCAAGAGCUAGUAUAUUAACAUGUUGUAGUUGGUUUUUGAGUGGUAUCUUGAAUAAGAGAUUACUAUUUUGAACAUCCGGUGACAAUUUUGUUAGUUUUAUUUGAACAUAUAUUCAAUAUUUGCAGUCCCAUUUUGUAAGAGAGGGUAGUUGGCUGUUACUUGGGAUAACAAAUUGUUUCAGAAUUUCCUUUUAAUUUAAGCAGAUUGGAAAUCACCCUGGCUUCAGUUGUUGACAAUCUUAAGCAUUGGGUUUAUUAGAAAUUAUGUUCAGUUACAAUCAGUUAGUAACCAUGCGACUCAAAUUGUACAUCAAACGAUUGA